AUGGUCGAAGUAAAGGACAAUCCCAGUGAUAGUUUCUUUCUUCCUCAUCACGCAGUCUAUAAAGAAAGCAGCAGCACUACUAAGAUACGAGUAGUUUUCGACGCUUCAGCGAAAUCAACAACAGGUUUUUCGUUGAACGAUGCAUUAGAAAUAGGUCCUACGGUGCAAAGUGACCUAGUGUCCAUUAUCAUUCGUUUCUGCAGUCAUCAGGUUGUACUGACGGCAGACGUACCAAAGAUGUACCGGCAGGUACAAAUUCACGAAGACGAUCGAAAGUAUCAGCGCAUCCUCUGGCUAAACACAGAAAACAAACCGGCUUUUUUCGAACUGACAACUGUGACAUACGGUUGUUCCAGUGCGCCGUAUCUGGCGACCCGUGUGCUAAUUCAGUUAGCGACCGACGAGGCAACAGACUUUCCGCUUGCAUCGAAAGUCAUACAACAGGACAGCUACAUUGAUGAUUUCCUCACGGGAGGAAAAAACUCCACCGACGUCAUCGAGAUAUACGAGCAACUCUCUGAAAUGCUACGCCGAGGUGGUUUCGGUGUACAUAAAUUCUGCUCCAACAGUGAAAUUGUUCGUCGACACAUUCCAAUCGAGCUUCAGGAAUCGCAGAUGAAUUUUGAAGAUGCCGACAUCAACAGUGCGAUAAAAACACUUGGGUUAAUCUGGAAUCCAACGCAGGAUUAUUUCACGUUCCACGUCAACACGUUUGAAUCGAAGAAUGAAACAACACUCACGAAGCGAAUUGUACUUUCUGACAUUGGUCGUUUAUUCGAUCCACUGGGAUUUUUGGGACCAAUCAUCACUUUGGCGAAAAUGCACAUGCAAGACCUUUGGCGGCUUGGACUAGAAUGGGACGAACCUUUAACAACCGAACAAUCUCAUCACUGGACAACAUUUCGACAGCAGUUAUCCCUGGUGAACCUAAUGAAAAAGAAUAGAUGUGUAAUAGCAGAUUGUGCACAGGUAAUUGAACUUCACGGCUACUCCGAUGCUUCUAAAAGAGCCUAUGGCGCAGUGUUGUAUACGAGAUGUAUCUCCUCCGACGGAGCCGUUAGUGUCAAUUUAAUAUGCAGCAAAUCGCGUGUCGCACCACUGAAGCCAAUAACUAUUCCACGAUUAGAAUUGUGUGGGGCUUUGCUACUAGCCCGUUUAGUGAAGAAAACCGUAACUGCAAUGCAAACCUCCUUUCAACGUGUGACACUUUGGUGUGAUUCGCAAGUGGUGCUUGGCUGGUUGAAAAAGUCGCCGCUUGCUUUGAAUCAAUAUGUUUCAAACCGUGUUGCAACUAUAAUCGAAUUAACUUCCACUUAUGAGUGGCGGUAUGUGGCAUCAGAAAUGAAUCCGGCUGAUGUGCUAUCACGAGGUUCAAUGCCUGAAGAUCUUCUGUACAACGACAUGUGGUGGAGAGGUUCAGCAACGCUUUGGAGCACUACAAUUGCAGAUGGAAAAAUCAUCGAAAUCGACGAAGCAGAGUUACCAGAAUUAAAACCACCAAUGGUGUUUACAGUUGUUUCACGUGAACCUGAAAUAAACUUACAGCGACUUAGCAGUUUUCGACGCCUGCAGCGAGCAUGGGCAUAUGUGCUCAGGUUUAUCAAAAACGUACGUACAAAAACUCGAGAUUCAACCCCGUUUAGUGCGCAGGAAAUGACCGAUGCUAAAAUUACAAUUAUCAAGUUGGUUCAGCAGCAAUCAUUCGGCAACCUUGCCCGAUUGCUCGCAAGUAAUAGCAAUAAACGACACAAUUAUACUAGUUUGGCUCCCUUUCUCGAUGCCAAUGGAUUGAUUAGAGUUGGAGGUCGCAUCAAAUACUCUUACACGAAGAUAAUCUCCAUGUCGGACAGCGAGGUUUGCUGUCAAUUAUUCGAGAACGCUUUUGGCCUGUGA